AAAAACGAGUAGGACAAGUAAAUACUUGAACAUUUUAAAAUGACAAGUAAACGCAAAAAUUGAAGUGAAUAAAACAAGUAUUUACUCUUGCUCGUGAGUAAAUACUUGAUAGGCUAGUAUACCACCGAAAAAUGCCAAUUUUUGUGUGAAUAAACGCAAGUAAAUACUUCUGUAGCAAGUAAAUACUCGUCCAUUUGCAAGUCAACCCGACCCCAGACUUGCAGUCGUACUUGUACACGAAAGAUGGCUGCAUUUAUGAACCUGCGUGGUGUGAAACGUUAUAGAGACCGGCGUGAUAUAAGUCCCGAUCUAUCUAAGGGACUACUACGGUUUGAGAGCGAAAACGUAGAUUUUCUCACUUCGCACUUUCUUGAUCAAAAUACUGAUGGAAGAGGUGGAGGAUUAACUGCACGGAAAAAAAUGGAAAUUUUUCUAAGAUACGUUAGUGAACCAGGAUUCCAAAGUGGUGUUGCCAACGACAUGGGGGUUGAAAGAAGUACCGUCAGCAGAACAUUUUCAAGUGUAUUGGAUAAAAUAGUGUCGAAGUCUGAAGAUUGGAUUAAAUUUCCAAGCACUAUUGAAGAUAUGGAUCAGGCCAAGGCAGAUUGGGCAUCAAAAUUUCGCAUUCCGACUGUCAUUGGUGCUAUAGAUUGCACUCACGUGCAUAUUAUGAAACCUUCGGAAUUCGGCGACGAGUAUGUGAACAGAAAAGGAAAAACAACAAUAAACAUUCAGAUGACUUGUGACGCUAAUGAAAAAAUUACAAGUGUGGACGCUCAAUGGCCAGGGAGUGUACAUGAUGGCAGGAUUUGGCGAGUGAGUGGAAUUCAGGACGUGGUGCGCCGAUAUGAUGGUGAUGUUUGUCUCCUUGGUGAUAGCGGAUAUGGAAUUACUCCUUGGUUACUGACUCCUUUUGACGAACCAAGAAAUGCUCGUGAGCGGAAUUACAAUUUGACCCAUGCUCAGGAAAGAGUCAUCAUUGAACGAGUUUUUGGCCAGAUGAAACGUCGUUUUCCCAUACUAUCCAGCCAAGUUAGAAUAGCAGUCAAAAAUGUUCCCAAUUUAGUAAUAAGUUGUGCAGUGCUUCACAAUGUAGCAAAACAUUUGAAUGAUGCUUGGGAAUUGGAAGACGAAAUCGAAAAUGAUGUGGCUGAAGAAAAUGUACCUGUAUAUAAUUUAGAUCGGAAUGAAAUUAGAAAUAGACGACGUGGUCAGCAAAAACGAUUAGAAAUUAGUAAUAAUCUGAUUAUAUAAAUACACAUUUUUGACAUGGAAAUAAAUUUAAUCCUAUUUCCUUUACUCCAAUUCCAAUCCCAUAUGUGAAAAAAUAAAAUAACAAAGUAAUAAAAAAGUAUAAAAAACUAAAAUAUAUCUUUUUAAGUAUGUCACAU